CUGGAGGGUGCUGGCUGGGGCCUGUUUUUCCCUGUGUUGCCCCACUGGGAGCCGACCCAGCUUGCAAGUUUCCUGUGGUUUCACCCUAUGUACCUUUUCCCUUCCCCCUCGUCUGCAAUGUGGGGUGGCUCAAUGCAGAAGCCUGCUGGCCAUGUAGCACACCUUUGAGCAUGCCUGCUAGGCUGGGACUUGGGAGUUCAGAACAGGACAAGGGGAACCAGGCCAGCAGAGCUGCAAGCCAAUGACCUUUUUGUUCUGCCCUGAGGAGCUUCUGCUGAUUGAGAUCAGGUGGUGCUUAGCCAAAGAGGCUCGUGGCUGCACUGAGUGUUGUGUGAGUCUCUUCAUGGAUUAGAUCAGCUGACAGAAACAAGGAACCCAGGUGGAAACCAGGAGGUGACUUUGCAGCAAUGAAGUGCCUCACCCCCUCACUGCUCAGGAGAUUCUGGGGGCUUUUGCCUCAGUGUAUGUCAGUGGGACCUAGUCUAAGUCCUAACCUCAGUGCCAAGCAGUCCUCUUUGAGACAGAGUUGCAGUGCAAGACCUGAGCUGUUGACUGCCCCUGAUGUGGUCAGCUACUGGCAAAAGGUGUUUGAGAAGAAUGGGAUUCCUGAAGCACGAGAAUCCAGUGAAUAUAUCGUGUCAUUUGUCUUGGGAGCAAAAACAUUUCAGAGCUUGGACUCCAAAAAACUCUGCGCUCCACUUACAGCAGCACAGCAGGAACAGAUCCAGCAGCUGAGCUGCAAGCGGCUGGAAAGAAUGCCAGUGCAGUAUGUGCUUGGCGAGUGGGACUUUCAGGACCUGACUUUGAAGAUGAGACCCCCAGUAUUUAUUCCUCGUCCUGAAACAGAGGAUCUCAUCUCUUUGGUUGUGGAGGAGGAAUCUCGGAAACGUGGGGUGAAGAACUCGGCCUUCCAGGUUGUUGUCCCACCUCCUGUGAUCCUGGAGAUUGGCUGCGGUUCUGGAGCAAUUGCUCUGAGUCUCCUGUGCAAGAUACCACAGAGCCGAGUGUUAGCUGUGGAUAAAGAAGAGGCUGCUGUGGAUCUCACCAGGGAGAACAUCCAUAGGCUGCAACUCCAAGACAGGAUCCAUGUCCUCCACCAUAACGUUUCAUAUGGUUCUGCCAAACAUCUGCUACCCUGGGGCCCAAUGGACUUCAUAGUCAGUAACCCUCCAUAUGUCUUCCAUGAAGACAUGGCUUCCUUGGAUGCAGAGAUCCUCCGCUAUGAGGACCUUGAUGCAUUGGAUGGGGGAGAUGACGGGAUGAGAGUCAUCAAAACAAUUCUGACUCUGGCUCCUUCUCUUCUGAAGGAUUCUGGGAGUGUGUUUCUGGAAGUUGAUCCCAGACACCCAGGUAUGGUGGAGGAUUGGCUGUGUGAGCAUCCUGACUUGCUCCUCACCCUUCAUGCUGUUCACAAGGACUUUUGUGGCAAGCCUAGGUUUCUGCACAUCCAAAAGCAAAGCAGAUGACAACUGUACCAGAAACAACAUCCUUUCUUGCAGUAAGCUUUUUUGCUGGUGAGCCCGUCUUGAAUAGCUUGAUGAAAGCUGCGUGACAAAAGACAUCUCCAUUUUCUGGUUUAUGACUUCUCCAUGCAGUGACAGACCCCUCACUUCCAAUACAGAUUUAAUCUACAGUUGCAAAGGAUCACAAGAGUGUUUGGAAGUGUUUAACCUUCCUCAGGGAACUUCGUGAACCUCACUCUGUUCAAGUGACUCAUUAAGCUCAGGACCAAAUGAGGAAGAGUUCACAGCUCCAGAUAUUUCCUUGCUGUGAUAGCAAAUUUCAAGGAAAUAUGUUAAAGAUACAACUCGUCAACAUGUUGUAUCACUCACUUUGCCUAGAAAGAACAUCACCUUUUUUUAACCUUGAGAUAAAACUGAAAAUGUGACCAACCUGGGUGAUAAUGGUCCCAACUUUGGCAUAUAGUAUUUCAUGAGUGUGCAGUUAUAUAGUGGGACAUGACUAACUUGCACACUUCAAAUUCAAGUCUCUUUUUAGGAUCCUGAUGCUCCAAAAGGAAAGCAGCCUUUGUUUCCUAGUACUGUUGAAUGUCACUGAAGCAUCAUUACACAAGUUAUACCAUGAUUGCUUAGGACAGACAGAGUUCUGCAGCUCAGAUAAAGUCAUUUUGGUGAUAUGUGAGUUGAGGAGGAUUUUGGAAGAGAACAGACAACAAUCUAUGGAUCAAUUAGCCCCUUCCUUUGGAAUAUACUUGUUUGGACUAGAAGGGAAAGCCUUUUAUUUAGGUAGUUAAGGACCACAACUGGGAAAGCACCUCUCCCUGACAUACUUUCACUCCAUAUUUGUGGUUGUAUAGAGUCAGUUGAGAGGAAGGAGCUCUUGGUGUUGGUUAAAAUUAUCUGAAUCUACAGCACCUGAUACUUUAUGGAUGCUGCCAGAAACAAUAAAACCAUCAUAAGAAAGGUAGUGUUGUAUGUAGGUUAAAUUGAGUCUUAUAAGAAAUGCUUUACAACUGAGUUUUCAAACAUGCCAGCUGUUCUGAAUAAAUAUCUGGGAUCUUCAAAUUGCUUCUGAUAGUAAUACUAAUGCUUAACUUCCAGGUAGGGAUUUGGAUUGUAAGACUUUACAAAGAAGGCCAGAAUCACUGCUUCAGUUUCAGAGAAAUCAAAAAGGUGAGGGGAAAAAAAGUUAUACAGAAUUUGACAACAGGAUAAGUCUUAAGUAAGAUCCAGUCUCUUGGUACCCACGGGAUUAGCUGAGGUCCAUUUCUUUGUUGGGGAAGGAUGACUUAGGGCUGCCUGAAACAUCUUUGUAAGCUUUGUACAUGAAAUUAUGAGCCCUCGUUGGACUGUGCUACCUGCUGUGGUUUAGCACAGUAGAGCAAAUGGAUGGAAAGUGAGGAAAAAAGGUUCAGUUAGAGUGUACUUAAUCAUAGGUUUGGAAAUCAAGUUCCAGCCCAGCUGAUUCUGGCAGCAGUGAGUACAGAUUGUGGUCAGAAAUGUACUGUGGUGGUUUGUUUGUUUGUAGUAAAUAGUAACAAUAACAUCUUAGCGUCUUUAGCUGAGUUUCUCAGGCUUAGGCCUUUAAAUUUGGUUUCUGAAAUGUUUUGUCUGAGAGUUGACAGUAUUUAUGAAACACAGAGCUAACAAACACAGUGUACAUCUGCAGGAUACUUUAGAAGCUGGGUGAUACGUUGCCCAGUCCCUGAAUGCCUUCAAGACCAGGCUGGAUGUGGCUCUGGACAGCCUGGUCUGGUGGUUGGCAACCCUGCCUGUGGUGUGAGGGUUGAAACUGGAUGAUCUUUGAGGUCCUUUUCAACCCAGGCCAUUCUAUAGUUCUAUGAUAUCAGGGCACUAAAGAGCAUCAUGUUGCAUUUUUGUAGGGGAAGGCUGGUUCCUGCAGCAGGCUGUGAAGGAAGCUGCCCCUCUGUGAACACUGCUGGCUGAGCUGCAGGAUGCAGCCACCUUUUGUCAGAGCAAGCACUUGUUAGAGCUCUGAGCUCUUCUUCUGAGAGGUGGACUCUUGGUCUAAUCCAGUUGGGCAAGUGUUAAAUUCCUAUAUUUAUAGCAAAACCAAUAACAAACAUGCUUGUAUUUCUCUGGGCUUGCACUGCAUAGUGGUUACACGUCAGGAUAAUCACAUGGUGUUGCUGACCUUCUCAUAAAGACAAGAAUGAAGAAAAAUUGUUCUUCCUCCCAAGGGGCGGGAUUUGUCAGACCCGCAUCUGAGGGAAUGUGCUGCUGUAGUACAACGUGUUCUUCACUGCUUUGCACACAUUGGCCUGGGCUCCUUUUGGUACAGAAGCUCUGCGAAGCUCUUUGGAUGUGGUAGCUGCGAGAACCUCAGAUACUCCCAGAGCCCUCACUAAAGCACUGACUGUGUCUGUGAGCAUAAGGCUGUGCUGAUGCCAGCAAUCUCCUGUGCACGUCAGCUCUCUGCAGCCGUGCAGCUGCUCCCCUGAGCCUCAGAAAGGCUGAUGCUUUACAUAAUCGCUAUCAAAAUGCAUUUAAUUUUCUGGCAUCUCAGUGGGUCUUUGGAACUGUAUUGAAACGGCAAUUUGUUUCUGAAGUGAUGCUUUCAGAGAAGCCUUGUUUUCCUACAGGACCUUGAUGAGUGUGGUUCAGGUGUGUAUUUCUGGAGAGUGACCUGGUACAAAGUGCCUACCCAGACCUUGCUGGCCUUCUGAGCUGGGGACAGGCAAAGCUCGGUGUGUGGCAGAGCCCUGCAGAUGGUGCUGUGUUCCCAGCCUGCUGUGUCUGUGGGGAGCAGGUUUCCUGUGUGCUCUCAAUGUGGCAGAGUGCAGCCCCCCACCCCACAGUGGACUCAAUGGAUAUGGCUGCAAAGUGGGGCUUUAACUCCAUUCCUGUGCUGAGGUACAGGCCUAGUGUAGGGAGGCUGGGAGGGGUCCUUGUGACUGUGAUACAGGAGUUGUAACUGUGCUGGUUAUGGGAGGCCUGAAUCUCCCUCAGGGCUGCACUGAUCCAUAGCUUUUGACAGUCUGUUUUUGCUCUGGUGUAACUUCCAAGUAUACAUCCUGAAUUACAACUGCCACCCCUGCUUUUGUGUUCCAUUCAGAGUGUGGGGUGAAAGGGACUUCCUAAGAGCCUCAGAGAGUCUAAGACAUAUGCAGCAGGGAUGAGACCCCUUUCCAGGUGCAGAGCUGGCAAAAUGCAGAGGGACUCAGCAAAGGUGGCACAGGAAUCCUCUGGGGAGCCAGGUGACUGAAUGUGUGCAGGGUACUGGCCAGCACCCAGUUCUGUGAUGCAGGGUCAUAGAGUACAAUGGACUGGAUGAGAGUUCAUCAGUCAUCUAGCAUAAUUUCCCUGUCCAAGUAAGGAUCAGCUUGGCUUACAUCAUUCACGUUUACCUAACUUGACCUAUAAGGCUUCUGAUGAUGACUGGGAUUUUUGCACACAGUCUGUUCUGAUGCUUCUCUGUGCUUACAGCAGGAAAGUACCUUAGUACCUAGUUGUCCUUGCUUUCAUAGAAGCUGGGUGCUAUUCUUGUCUCGAGGUGUAGAAUUUGCUCUUUCCUCACAGCAGCUUCCCUGUAUUAGCCUGUUCCCUUACAGUCCUUAUUUCUGAGGAAAGACCAACAUAAUGUUUCUGUGGAUCGCUUUCUCACCCUUCUUUCCCUGCUGGAAAUGGAGGCAGAGCAUGCUGAAGGAUAGUGUGCUUCAAACAUGGUGCAGGGAGGUGUUUGUGCUUGUGGUGAUUGAAAUAACAGAGCUGCUACAGCUUCUGUUAUUGUGGGGAGAAGUUAUUUCCCAAGCAGUGGAGACCAGGCCAAAACUUGCAUUAAUGUUUUGUUUGUCUGGGCAAGUUUUCAAAAGCUGUAUUUAAAGUUUUAGUUUAGAAACUUGUUUUCUUCUGCUCAGGGUUGCAUCCAGAGGGACAAACACCCAGCGGGAGAAGUCUUCUCUCUCACAAUUGAGAUGAUGAUGAGAUUCCAAGAGAGACUUUAUCAAGUUCCUUCAGCCAAUUGCCUUUUUCAUGGAUGUUUUGAUGUGCUUUUAGUGAAGCGUGUGGGCUUUCAGAUGUUCCCCUUCCCUGUGGAGGGUCACCUCACAGCUUUUCUCUGCUGCUUUUGCCUGGCAGCUGCUUGCAAGGCUCAGCAUGAUUUGUACAGUGCCUGGUGAGUACAGCGAGUUAUUUAGAUAGCACUAUCCCUUUGCACCGGGUUCGUAGCCAAAUCGCACUUGUCAUUCAGUUGCUGAGGUUUGGGACAGGUUGCAUAAGCUACUGUAACAUCAGGGAUGUUCAAACAGCAUGCAGUAGUUACAGAAUCAGGCCUGUAACCAGCUCUCUCUUGCCUUGCAGUUGCCUCUUUGAGCCAGUUGGGCUUAGGAUGACAAGCCCAGGGUUCAGAUCCUGCACCUAACUUGUUCCCAGCAUUUGCAUUGAAGACUGAAGAGCUUCUGUAAUUAUGCCUGUGAGCAGGAGGUGGUGCCUUGCAGGAUGCUGAUCUGUGUGGUCUUUGUCCCUUGCCAUUCUGGUCUCACCCAUUACUACCAUGGUGGACAAGCCUUCUGAGGGCAGAGUAAAUGUAUAAGCAGUUUGCCAGAUUGCCUGUUCACUUGGGUUUGGGUUUUUGAUCCCUUCUGGAGACAGUAUGUAUGGGUAGUGUCAGACUUCAGGUAGAAAUAAUGGAGAAGAAUGGAGCAGGCUGAGGAGCAUGCUUGAAGUGAGUGGUGAGAUCACACUGACCUGUGUGCUCCAUGCACACUGCUCCAGAACUGGACCUGUGCUCAGAGCUUUGCGCAAAAUGCUGUGUGCAAAUGUACUGGAACACUUGCAAAAUCAGCUGUAUUUAAGGGAUUGUCUCUUUGACUGAACUGCUUUAAACUGCUUUCUCUCAUACCUGAAGAAAGAGAAAUCCACGUGCUGGAGAAUUUCAGUGUAGGGACAUAAGAGAGUUCUGCCUCAGAAUAUUUUAUGAGGCCCUCAUAUAGUGGGUGUGAAGUAGUCGGUUACUGUAGAAAGCUCUGACUGUCCUGUGGUACUCACCUCAAUCAUACCCAGGCAGAGAAUGAGCCAACAGCACUGUGCUGCAGUAAGAUAAGUCGGGUUUGUUUUGCUUAUUUUCAGUGAUGCUCGUGCAAAACCAAAGGAUGUGGGAGUAAGUCAAAGUACCACUGCUAGAUUUUCCACAAGUGCAUCUCUGAGCACAGUGAGAGCAUGACCCAGGCAAACCAACCGACAACAGAGUGAUGAGAAAGUUAGGUCUGCAUCCUGUUCACAGCAGCCAGUGGUGCUUUUGCAGUACAGGAGGAUGAAAUACAUCGUUGCUGCAGUGCUGCCACACGUUGUGGUCUCCAUGGUUUGCCUACUGUACAUGGUUCACAUCAGAACUGUAGUGUUAAAUAGCAGCUCCCUACCUCUAAAGGUCUUUGUCUUCAUCUUUUUCUUUUACAGUUUUUCAUUUUUCAGCAAACCUGAAAAGUCACUUUUCUUUGUCUUGCAUGCUCAUACAAUCUCAUUGAGAAUGGGCAUCAACAAGAAACUAGUUUCAGUUGCAGUGCUAUGACCAUAAGCGUGGCUACAUGAGCAGAGUUAUAGCAGGGUGUAAAGCCUUUGAACAAGCAUGCAAACAAACCGAUGCCUGGGGAGGAAAGUACCUCAUCCCUAUUAAGUACCUGAUCUGGUUUCAGCUUGUUGAAGUAGUCUCAGCCUUCAUUCUUUCUUCUGUGACAGCUGAGGUAUUUAGAGAUCAUCCUGCCCAUGGCACGAGGCAUCAGGAAACGGGUUUUCAUCUCUCAGGCUGGAGCUGCAGCAUGGCAAAGAAUCUGCAGUAUGGCAAAGAAGAGUCAGCCUUCCAAACAUCCAGGGCCAAUGCAGAUGGUAUAGGGAAAGAGCUCAGCUGUUCUUAAUGAUGCUUCUGUCAACCUCACUGGACUUGUUUCUCACUUCACUGAGUGAAGCAGUUCACUUGAGAGUUGGAAGCAGUUAUUGCUAUUCCCUUCUCUUUGCAUGAAGAAAAGAUGGGCGAAUGCAGCCUGAGAAGUGUUUGAUUUGAAGAGCCUCAACCUUGAGAUGUAGCAUGAGGGCAAUUUUCAGUGUGUGCUACAGCAUAGGCACUGUGGGGCACAGUGUGCUAUCGAGCAUCUGCUGCAGUGGAGUCCUGGAGUCCUGAACCUAGCAGCCUGAGCUGCUACAAAAGCAGCCUUGCCCAGCAGAGUGCCUUCUGAUUGCAAAAUCCUCACUGUUGGUCUGAAAUACACAUAAGUUUGUGUUGGGCUUUGAUGAUCCAGCUGUAAAUCCAGAGUAGGCAGCUGAAGUCUGAUCUCAGUGAAGUUGCCCUGCAUGUUCCAGCUGGGCUGAAGUUGGCCCACCUGGUGCUAUGCAGUAUUUGUGUUCCAUGAAACAAGGGUCCCCUCAUCAAUCUGAGCCUUUCCAGGGACUUGAGGUUGUUAAGCUGGUAAGACUUUUCUCCUUUUCCACCACCACUCAUCGAGGAUGACCUUCUCACCACCCCUUUUGACUUUGAGCCUGUUGCUUCUCUCAAGUCCUCCUCUAAUCCUUUGCAAGCCAAGCACAGUGUGUUUGUAUUGCUGUAGUGCUUAAAAGCUGUUCUCACAGGUUGUUCCAUCUCUCUCUCUAAGCUUUCAGUACUUACUUCUCCUGCCAGGGUCUUGUAUAACUCACCCUAUGCCAACACUGUUGGCUUUCAUGGGUAGAUUUCCUUAUGCUAGAUAAUUUAGAUUAAGCUUGUGACAGAAAAAUCCCACUCUAAAAUGCACUUUACUCCUGCACCGCUUUACAUCUGGUUUUGUGGCUGAUGGGCUUUGCUAGGGUGAAAGUCAUGCUGUUAGCAUGUGUUGUGUUUGCAGAUUAAGGCUAUCCUGCACUCAAACAAGACUUUUUAAUGCGUAUGGGCAGGGGGCACUCAGGCUGCAAGCAGUUUUUGUACUUCAGCUUCCAGGUCAGUGAGUUUUUUUGUCUCAUUAGUGUCAGCAGACAGUGGCCCUUUGUUCAGCAUUGUAACCUUUUCCGCCUUGAUGACACUCACACAUAUGUGAUGCAGAUCCUGAAUUGUGCAAUAAACUCCAUGGAUAAGUUCCAUAAGCCCAGCAAAGACAUCAUCUGUCUUACUUCAAGGAUCAACUGCGUGCCUUAUUGACCAGCGUUGAAGCCAAGGUUGUGGAGGCAGUGAAUUAUUCAUUUAUUUUGGCUUCUCCAUCCAUCAUGGCCUAUGUGGGAAAGGAAAGUGGCGUAAAUAGUGAGUGAAGUGUUUGUCUUUGAAUAGGUUGCCUUUGCCACAUCUAAAAUAUCAGGAUAAAUAUAUUAGUUAAGUAUUAUUUAAUUUAGCAACUAAAUAACAUAGUUUCUCAGAAGGGCCGGGAUGAGGAGGCCAGGAUUGGUCAUGAGCAUGAAUGGGCUGGAGUCAUGGGCACCCAAAUGUAGAGAUGAACACUGUUCAUCUCUGUUUAGAGAUGAUCUGGCUGUUGCUGGGACCCUGGUGGCACAGUAAAUGCUUGCAGCCCCAGUCUGCGACAGCUGGUGCCUGAUAGCAACUGCUCAUCCCAUGCAGAGUCUAGGAGGUAUCUCAGUGGUGAAGAAACUCAUGUGGGCACCUCAAGCAUCCCAGUGUUGUCCUACACAGGAGAGUGAUGCUUCCCUCAGGAGCUGACCUGCUGCUUUUGUGGCUGAAGAGGCCCUUUUUCUGUGCGCUGCUGACCCAGCAGUGCUUUACUCCUCCACCAAAGCUACGCUCAGUGCCCUGGUGCACUCACAUCUCUCUGUGCCUGCCCUCCUGCAGCCCUGCUGUUCGUGCUGUGGGUCCUUGCAGAAUUCCCUCCAUCCCGAUCCUUUUUGUCCCUAACAAAAAAGCCUUGCUCAGGCUUCUCAAGUUAAUAUGCAUCACUGUAACUCAGGACUGCUAUUUUCUGGGAAGUUCUGUCACUCUACGGCUUGUUUGUUCUUUUCUUUUCCCCUAUUCUUUAAUCAGAAUUAAGUAGUUCGUUUUUCAGCUUUCCCAUGAGGAUGCUGUGUCCCAGAUUUGGAUUUUAGAAGCACUUUGCUUUGUGAUUUCUGAAUUGUCAUUUGGAAUUAUAUCCAUUUUAAGUUGUUAUGCAACUUACUGCUGAUUUGGUAAGUAUACGCUGAUAGUCAUAGUAAGUGUAUUGUGUAGGAAAACAUGCUUUUAAUUGAUAAGAUCAGCUGCUACUUAGUAUGGAUUGAAACAUCUUAUCGUAUUCCCUAGAACAGGAAGUCCAUUGUUUGCAAUGUAAUGAAAGCUUGACGGUGCCAUUAUAACACCCAGGAAUGGCUUCAUCUAAGAAAGCAGGUAACGUUUUGUUCUGUAGUAUGAUGCAAUUCAUCUGAUCAUCUGAAAGAAGAUGAAAUAUUUCACAGCUGCUGUCAUGUCAGGGCAAGGCAAUAAAUGAUAUACGUGGUAUAAAAACCUCUAGGAUAAAAUAUGUGCAAUUUGCAAGUUCUGAAAUAGAGCUGCUGAGCUGCCAGAAGCAAAGCUGUUCCAAGUAGCUUUGGCAGGAACGUUUGUAUCAGAAUCAGUGCUCUUCAUCAAAUCAAACAAAGGUCUUCUUAAAAGCAGUUUUCCCAUCAGAACACUUUGGUGGUGCUUGGUUGUCUCUCUGUCCCUGUGAAGGUAGUGAGUGUUUCUUACCCUUCUUUGCACUGAGUGCAGAAGACUCAGCUUUCACAUCAGGACUCAAACCCAAGUCUCCAUAGUGAAAGUCCUAAAAAUUCCUUCUUUGCACGAGCUGCUCUUCUCUGGCUCCCACACAGGAGCAUGCUGUUCAAGCAGCUGCCAUCUUUCCUGCCUCUCACGCAGGGAAAGGACAGCGUGUGCUCAGUGCUGGGCCUUUGCCACCCCCCUGCUCCCCCUGCACAGGCAAAAUGGCAAACAUAGUCAUGGCUCUUCCUCUUUUCUGAGGUGCUGCCCAAACAAGCGGUACAGAUGUGUUCCAAUAAGACAUGGAAGGCUGGAACAGGGCUGAUAGCAUAUGUUAACUGGGAAGCUUUAGAAUUAUCAGCUCCCUACCUUCCUUUCCUGUUGCACUUUGCACUGUGAUGUGAUGCCUAACGGGUGAGAUUCUGUUGCUCGUGUGGAGGAGUGUUUCUCUGGUUGCCUUUCUGCAGUCGUCACUGCCGACAGUGGUGGGAGGUUAUGGGUUGGGAAACCAAACUGUAGUGUGGCUCACAGCACAGGUGAAAACGUUAUCAAUCUGAAAUGAAAUCCGUGAGGUUGUUAUGCCAUACGGUUGAAACAAACUGAUGCUGCAGAGACAGAUUACUUGCUUGUCUUAAGCAAACGUUUGCUUUGGGAGUAGAAUCCACAGCAGAUGAGCAGUUCUGUCAGGGCUGAGGCAUGGCAAAGGACUGCAGUGACAAUGCAGAUUUCUCAUGGCAGUUCAUGUACAGUCUGGACACCAGAAGUUACAGGCAAUAAAAUACUCCAUCAGAGAAGCAGGGGGCAGUUAGCAGUAUGCUGCUACUGCCUGUAGCAAGGCCAAGCUGUCAUGUUCACACACACUGCACCAAUUUAAAGACACUUUUUCCCCCCCAGUUUUUAUCAUUGGUAUCAGUUUAAAAAGAAAAGCCGUACCUAACAGGGAAUUCUGGGCUCUCCAUGAGUCAGAAAUAACAACAUCGACAGCUGUGCUGCAGAUGGAGAGAUGAGAAAAUGAGUGGCAGUUCCCAAGUUAGUGUAGAGCAGGCAGGUUCUCUGAGCUGGCUUAUGCUAUGAAGCCUUAAGGCUGUUAUUACUGCAAGGAUCUGGGAGCAGCACAUGAGGGCACAUGGGAGCAGGGUAUGAGGGCGCUUCCUGGAACUGUGCCACUGAAAUAGCACUGGGCAGGUUCCCAUGAGUGUGCUCAUCUGAUUUAUACAUCCGCAAGACAGCAAGAUGUCCCCAUUUGCAUCAAUUCGCAGAACUGGAUUAAGGUUUGGAGAACAGAGGAAUUCUUUGUUCCCUAAGCUAAGAUCUGGGUUUAGCUACGUCCAAAUUGAUACUUCAUGCAGGUCUGAGAAUGCCUUUGCUUGUUAUUAACCUGUACUCUGUGUGUCAUUUUUGCUCUCAAAGCGAGCCUUGGAAAGGCUGGCCUAAGGGCUGUGAUCCGAGACAUCCUCGCUCAGGUUACAGUACCAGAAACUGCAGGGAAACCCCAAUGCAAUGAAGCCAGCAGGAUUUUUUCCCCAUGAGUCGGCAGCUGGCAAUUAGUUCAUAGGGACACGUGGGGAGAAGUGACCCACAUUAAGAAAAGAACGCCCCUGUUUGAAGAAGCCGAGGGAGCUUCAGUGGCUAUAUCUGGCCAUUUGGGAUGGGUGGUUCAUCUGUGUCUUGGACCUUUGGAGUCUGUUUAAGACUGUGUAGUUCUGAGUAGGGCAGAAGUCUUAGAUAUGGGGCCUUGGCAAUGCUGGCUGACCUAUGGAAGGUGCAGGCAAUUGGUGGUGGGCAGAAAAGCCAACAAACAGGGGAAGGAGGUUGAGUAGAAAUGGGGCUGGGGGAAUCUCCUGUGAGAAUCUACCUUCAAAGUCAGGGAGCAGAGCAGUACAACUAGUCCACAGUGUGGGAGCCCUGCAGGAGCACAGAGCCAGGAGCCAUGCCCACACAGGAGCCAUCUGCAUUAGGUGCUAGCAGGAGGAGUGCAGGGAAAGAGCUAUGGAGGCAGCUGGGCAGCAGAGUAACUUUGAUACCAGAAGAAAUACGAUGGAUAAGUAUUGGGGCCAAUGUGUUUGCAGGGAUGGUUUCAAGGAGACUGUCCUGGUACAAACAGGGACGUUUAAUGCCAAGAUUCAAGAGUGCUGGGAACACUGUGUUUGGUUCUGUCAAUAAAGAAUGCUUACAUAGGAGCAGGUGCAGAACAGGGCUCAGAGGGUGAGUGAGGGCCAGAAAGCUCAGCAGAUGAGAGAAAACUAAAAGAGAUCAGUUUGUUUGGCUUAGCAAAACAAAGACUGGAAGAGGAAUGUGAUGUCUCUUCGUAAACACUUCAUUGCAAAGUAAAUACUAGAGGGGAAGGAGAGGCCUUAUAAUAAAGAUCAAUACUGGCACAAGGACAAAUUGGUACAAAUUUGCUAUUAAUAAACUUAGCCUGAAAAUUAGAUUUUGAGCCAUUAGAGGAGUGAGAUUUUGGAGCAGCAUCUCAAAGGGAGAAAUGGAAACUGAAGGAACCUGAGAAGCCUGCAGGAGCAAAGAAAGCAGAGAGUAACUUAAAUCUCUGACACAGUCUCAUUCUGUUUUGUGCAUGCCAGUGCUAUGGACAGCCCAAUCCUAACGUAUAGGCAGGAGAGCAAGUUGCAGCAGUCAGCAGCUGUAAUGGAGAACCAACAGCCAAGUUCUAAGUCAGCUGCAGGACAAGGGGAGUUUCAAGGUAGCUGAGCUAUGCAGAUAGCCAGCUUUGGCUGUAUCCCAGUGUUUGAGGACAGAGACUUCACCAACCUGGCUGAGGGUUGGGCCAUUUGACAGCAUCUUGCAGUAGCAAAACCUGCAGAGUAGGAUGCAAUUGUAAACUUUGCAUCUCUACUUCCCAGCUGCCAUUUUCUGUUCCCUUUUGGCACAGAUCUGUGUUGUGGCUGCAGUAAGGUAGCUUUGUCUCUGUGUCCAUCAUUCCUUAUAUGCUAUAUCUCUGUGUAUUUCUUUCCACUAAAGAUUAAAAUAUGUUCUGGGAUGUAUUUUGGGAAUACCUUUGGUGGAAACAACCUUUAUGCAUGAAACUGCAGAAGGAAGUUUAGCAGAGCUGCCUUUGCCAGAGAUGAUAGUGGGACCCUUUUGCAAACCGUCUUGAUUAGGUUUGUUUGGAAGUGUGGGAAGGUGUUUUGGUUGAGAGAAAAUGAAAUCAUGUCUUGGGUUGUGAGUGUUCUCACAACAGCUUUGUUGCCUUGGGUCAGAGCUGAGGGAUGCUUGCCUAUAAUGCAAGCUGAAGUUUUCAGGCUAGAAAAUAAGAGGAGAAUGUAAGGUAGAUAAGCCAAAAAUCAGCUAAAACAAAUUCUUCAAUCCUUAGUUGUGGUACAGAAAGGUAUUCCUAGAAAUGAUGACAGUUUAGAAUUGAGAUAAAGAAUGCAAGAAGAAAGCAAUAAUUAGAUGUUACUGGACAGAACUGAGAAUGAAAGGAGUAGCAGAGCAUGCAGAGCGUGUAUCUUUUUCAGCUCAUAAUGAGACAUGAACAUUCAGGCAGAGAAACAACUUAUUUCCCCUUCCUUCUGGCUGCAGAUCUGGAGAGCAUCAAGGAUUGACAGGCAAAAGCUGGAGGAGCACUGUUGCCUGUUCUGAAAAAGAAAACUCUGUUUCUACUCUGCAAUUUGCCAUAGAAUCCGUGGUGCAGCUCUGCUGAGUUUGCUUUUGCAUAGCAUUUUUCUGUUACUAAUAGACUUCAGUUAUUUAUUCCCCUGCAUGAUCCUGGCUUGGCAGUAAAACUAAGUAGAACAUUGGAAGGCUGCCAUUAAUGGAUGGAGUCGAUGCAUUGGAGGGAUGAGUAUAAAAAUUCCGUUUCCCAGAACAGGCUCAUAUCUGAUGAUGUGAAAUGUCACAGGUCUCUCAGAAGCAGCCAAUCUCCCUUGGCUGCUGCUCAUUAAAGCACAGGGGUCUUAGGUUUUCAAGUGAUCGUGGACCAACAUGGAGUUUUGGCAGGGAGAAGGGAAACCUUGCAGGACUAACACAGGUGUGGUCUGCAGGUAAUAGAUUUCCUUUCGCUCCUUUUCCUGCAAUAUCAAAAAUCUCAAAACUGAAGUUAAAGACUCAAGAACCUUAAUGUGACUCUUUCUUCUUCUAAGAACUUCCACAGAUUCUCCCGUGUGUUCCGUAUCAGUCUAAUGCAGGAGAUAUUGGGACUCUCCCCUGCAUAUACAAAUUUCUACUUCUUUCCUUUUGUUUUUCUUCCUCCCUCUGCCAUUCUUCCUCUUCUUUCCCUCCCAGUUUAAGUACAUUUCAGUCUUUCCCCUUACCUGUGCCCGCACUGAGGGUUAUUGCUAUGAGGUUGUUCUUCAGCCUUUUCACCUCUUGCUGCACUGACUUCAGUCUGGCUGUAGGUAAUGGGGGGUGAAGUAUGUGAAUCCCGCAGUGUGCACAUGAGCUCAGAUAGAAGAAGGUGGUUGAAUCUGGAAAGUGCUGCAGGAGAUGUAGCGAAAAGCCUAGCUAGAAUUUCCCUGUAAUGUGAACGCUCCUAUUUAUGGUUGUCAAGAUUUUUCCAUUGGAAGAAUAAAAUCCCUGCAUUGCAUAAUCAGUCUUUAUCUGAGAAGAUACACUCCCUCCUCCUGGCCCAUUUAGGGCGUCAAAACAACUCUAAUAGAAAGGGCGCCCCAUCUCCUUUCCUACCCUCCUAGCCCCUGUUCCUAUCUCCACAAUUAGCUUGGCAGCCGGGCUUGUUCUUCGUGCCGGUGCGGCAUGUUCACUUGCACUGACACGGUUUCCUUCUGCCGUGAAGGAAAAGGUUAAGAACUAAAAGAAGCUCUGCCAUCAUCCACAAGGUAUGAGGAGCCCAGCGCUGCUCCUGCCCUGUAGAAUUCCAGCACCUGAUGGACUGGACCUUGCGGCCUUCCCUGAAAGGCAAUCCAGUUUUAGGGAUUUAUAAAUACCCUUUGGUAAGGCAGAUGGGAGCGCGGUAGGACAGAACGCGGUACGUCCCCAUGAAUUGGUUCAGAAAGAAGCUCUGUGAGUCUGUUCUUGAACUAAACUGUGGUUGGUGCAAAAUGCAAUACGCCAACAAGCAAACCUUGGCAGUUUGGAUGUGGGAGGCAUCCCAUGCCCAGAAAUGUUUAACUGCUGCUUGCAGUUUUGUUGCGUGGAUGCAACAGAUGAAAAGAUGGGGCAGAUCGUGAUAGAGGGUAGAUCAAUAAAAUGAGGAAGAAGAAGGUCUGCAGGAAAUGGGGGUUACCCCGUCUUUCCCCUUUCCUGGCUGGGGUCUGUCUUCCACAGUCUUUGUAGAAGACUUUGGAGAUGAUGCCUCUUAAUAUCUUAAUAGCCACGUCACUAGCUGGGAUUAUGAAGUGUGCCACUUCUUCUGCCCAAAGUUGAUGAAUAUUGCAGAAGGAGGAAGAAGGAAGACUGGUGUGAUGCAGCAGUCCAUGUUCAAGGCACUAGUGCCAACCUUUGGUGAGGAAAUCCACCCGAAGGAGGCUGAUGUGGUGCAAUGCCCUGAGAAGACCCAUGCAAACAAGAAACUACGCCGGUUGAACUCGUCAGACUUUUUCUUCUGUGCUGCCACUGGCCAGAGGGGGCAAUGCUGAACCAUCUCUGCAAGUGGUGAGACAUUUGCUUCUCGUUUCACAGGGUCAGAGAGACAGUAUAAAAGUGAAGUUUAACUGCAAAUAUGCCAUAUCACAAUAUUUGUGAGGGAGUUUUCUUUUAACCUGUUAGUACAAACGUGUAGUGCUCACUUUAAGAACUUUUCCAGAGUGCUUACAGCUUUGCCGUGCUUGAGCCAUUCAGCUGGACACCUGUAGGAAGCACCUGAAAUGCAGCACACAGAGUGACCUGUUUUACAACUUUGGUCCACAACACACCUGUAAUUUUCCACCUGAAACCCUGAUGCUGCUGGGAGGAGCUGGUGGGAGUGUGACUGGUGGCAGGUGACUCACGGCCUGACUGCCCCACUGGGAUAAAAUCUCUGCAGAGAGGGUUUGAAGGAUCACCUGCUUUGAUCACAUGGGCUCACGUGGAGGCUUGUCUCCAGCCUCCUGUCUGCUGACAGACAUCUUAUUUGGAGGCAGCUGCUCACAUCCUGCUCACAGCACUUUGCAGUGAUGUUAGCAGAAGGAUCUCCAAGAAGUGUAUUUACGCUGUAACACACUGUGGCUGGGUUUAGGUUUAGUACCAGGUACUCUGGGUUCUAUGUUUUAUUCUCUGAAGUGACGUCAAGAACAUGACCAAGUUAUUUGGAAGUGUUUGCUUUCUAAAGCCUGUCUGUUGGGUUCUGCCUCUGCUCCUCCCUGGAGACCCAGAAGAGUUUGGGCACAGGCUCAGCUUGCAGUAGUGCAAAACUCUCUGGCAGAGAACAGGUCUCUUGAUGUGGAUAUGGAUUCCUUUUUCACUGAUUUGACCUCCUUUCCUCACUGUCAGGGUAGAAAUAUUGUGGCCCCAUGAACUCAGGCACUCAUUCUUAUGCAAUGUGAGCAGUGAUGUGAUUUACCGUCACUCAUGAAAACAUCCCAAUUCUCAUUUGGUCUGGUGCUGGUUUACUUUCCUAGCUUGAAAGGUGCACUGAGACGUGAAACCAGGAGGGCUUUACAUCGUGUAAAGCACAUUGUGUUUUCCAAGAAAGUGCCUCCCUGUGCUGCAGGAUGCAGUGUGUUCUGUGGCCUUGGGAUGCACAGAGCUGAAACUCCUCCACAGCAAGUGACUGACUACAGCCAGAGCCAUUCCUGCCCUCAUGUCCAUGUGAGUAGCCCCUGCUCUGUGCCACCAGAGGCUCCUGCAGACAGGCAGCCUGUGGCUGACUUGGCUUGACAACCUGAGCUCUGUUGGAGCAGUAGGGUCACAUCUGUAGGCUGGGGAUUAAUCAGGGAUGCAAGGGAAGGCAAAACACCUGAGCACAGCGAGGCUUGUAGGACUUGUAAAGAUGAGGAAAACUCUGCUACCUUUUUGAGGUUGACUGCCUUAAUCAGAGCAGGCAGCAAAACUCUCUGCUGGCUCAGAAAGCCUUGCUGUGCACAGAACCUUUGUGGUGCCCAGGAGGGCAUGGUGUGCAGCAGCACUGCAGUGAAGGAGGCACUCACUGAACCUGGCAGCAAGAACAUGGCUUGUCUUGGUGUGACUGCAGCUGAGGAGUAUAUAAACCUAGACACCUAGAAGGCACUGGAUCCUCCAAUAGAACAAUCUGGGCACUGACACAGGUGCAAGUCGGCCAGGCUGGAUGUGCUUUACUUUCACCAUUUAGCCCCAAGGAAGUUCCUGAUCUCAGAAGUUCAGCUGGGUGUCAGCUUCCAGCUGAGUCAAUAUAAGGAACGAAGGCUGCACAGGGGUUGCUCUCCUGCUCAUCAGACUUGAGCAGAAUUAGUUAAAAAUGUAAAACAGGUGAAUUGUUUUUCCUGAAGGAAGACUUUCCCAAAGAAUUGGAUAACCUAUUUUUUGCUUUCUUUAAAACAAUCUUGGUGGUGUGAAGGGAGCUGCAGUGGUGGGCAGACCAAGGCUGUCUCAUCAUGGGCCUGUGAUCUUCAUUGGAGGAAGCGAGGGAUUCCUGGAAUCGCAUUGUAUUCGCAUCACUCUUCCGAUAGCAGCCACGCGAGGAGAAA